AUGAUAGGCAGAGACCUCAUACUGAAAAACACUGGUUGGGUUGUUGGAAACGGAGAAUCUAUCAACAUAUGGGAAGCGCCAUGGCUGAGUCUUGAGGAAAAGAGACGACCAAUGGGACCACCUCCUCUUGCGCAGCUAAACAUGAAAGUCGUUCACUUGCUCCAACCGAACAGACAAGACUGGAACAUAGAGGAAAUUAGACGAGUUUUACCGCAGGAGGAAGAGACUAUUCUAAGCCUGAAACCAAGUAAAACCGGGGCUCCGAACAAACUGAUAUGGCUAGGCACCACCUCUGGAGAGUACACGACUCGCUCAGGAUAUAAAACGGCCCUGAAGGAGCAGAACGCUAAUCUAGAAGACCCCCUGGCUACUGACAUCAACUGGGUUCGAUAUAUCUGGAAGAUAGAAACUGCCCCGAAAGUCAAGUUGUUUCUAUGGAAGGUCUUUUGUGCGGCACUCCCGGUAGGAAGCAAUCUUGCUGCCCGCAACAUAACAAACUCGACCCUAUGCAAUCUAUGUAACACCACUGAAUCUACCAAUCAUCUUUUUCUUCAAUGCAACUUCGCUCAAAAAGUAUGGAGCCUCGCUCCUUUCUCACAAAGUGUUGAUGUUAGAGGACUGGUAGAUUUAGCUUCCUGCUGGCAUUCUCUGUGUACUCUAGAGUGUCUCCCACCUUCGGGGGUUUCAGGGCAACUUGCUCCGUGGAUUCUUUGGGGUAUCUGGCUCGCGCGCAAUAAUCUGAUCUUCAACAACAAGCAGUCAUCACCCGAGGAAGUCAUCUCAUCGGCCAUAAGCGCAGCAAGGGAAUGGCUCUCUGAACAGGUCAAGACUCCAACCCUUACACCGACUCCUCUACCUAGAGAGACAAGACCACCGCACACAACCGUGGUAUAUUCAGACGCAGCGUGGCAAGCAGACCGGAGAACAGCGGGAUUAGGAUGGACCAUCAGAGAGGACAACUCCACUACACAACGAAUGUCACAUUGUUACUUCGUUGCUUCCCCACUCGUAGCGGAAGGACUAGCACUGAGAGAGGCAAUGACGGACUAUGUCGCCAGGGACACUAGGCGGCUACACUGCAAUACGGAUUCUCUAAUCCUCUUCAACGCUCUGAAAUCAGGGACUCCGAUCGCAGAACUGUAUGGUAUCUUAGCUGAUAUUAUCAGCUUGUCUUCGGCUUUUGAACAUUUUUCUAUCUCUUGGAUUCGACGUACAUAUAACAAGGAAGCUGAUGCUCUGGCAAAGCAAGCCUUGUUAAAUGCGUCUGUUGUACCAGCUCCCUACAGGGCCUAA